AUGACACCAAUCUACAGGGCCACCAGCUUCAGCAUACUCAUCUUCAGCCUGAUCUUGGUGAAUGCAAUUCUGCUCGGAGUGGAGAUUGACCUGUCAUCCUCACUCGGGGAGGCCGACAUCCCCCCCUGGCUCGGCAUGCUCAACGCCUUCAUCGUCUGCGUCUUUGUCUUGGAGAUCGUCCUCAAGUUUAUAGCCUAUGGCUGUAGAGGCUUUUGGCGUGGCCCGCAGGCGUGGUGGAAUAUCUUUGACUUCAUCAUCGUGGCGAUCUCUGCCAUUGAGACAGCCCUGGACAUCUGGGCCCGGAGCCUGGCUUCAUCCGUCUGGGGAUCUGAUGCCUUCUCCGUGGUGCGGACCAUGCGACUGGCACGCGCCCUGCGCGGGAUGCGCUUCCUGCGGGUCUUCCGCUACUUCAGCGCGCUGAGGGUGCUUGUGCUCUCCAUCGUGAGCACGAUCAACUCCUUGUUGUGGACUAUGGUGCUGCUCUUCGUCAUCUUCUACAGCUUCGGCGUCAUCUUGACGCAGCUCGUCUUGGACUACUGCCGCUUUCUGGCGGUGCAGGCGAGCGGCGGCAACGUGAACGCUGUGCCGGACUGCCCGGCUGAGCUUCAGCGCUACUGGUCCAGCAUCGGGCGGAGCAUGCUGACGCUCUUCUACGCGAUCACCAACGGAGUGGCGUGGGCGGAGACACUGCGGCCCCUCGAGGACGUCUCCUUUCUGGCCGUGAUCUUUGUGAUCUUCUACAUCAUCAUCAGCGUCUUCACGUUGCUGAACGUGGUGACAGGCGUCUUCGUGAACACAGCCAUCGAGCGUGCGAGCGCGGACAAAGACAUCGCCGCGCUGAAGGCGUUUCAGAAGCGGAAGGAGCAGAUGCACAUCUUGCAGCAAGCUUUCGAAGCUUUGGACCAUCGCCAAACCAACAAGCUUGAGAUCCAGGACAUCCAGGAGGCCAUGGGCCUGGACAGCGUCGGGACGUUCUUGGAGUCACUGGACAUUUCGACGGACGACAUCAAGAUGCUCUUCACCCUCAUCGACGCCGACAACAGUGGGACGAUCGACUUAGAGGAGUUCGUGUCUGGGUGCAUGCAGCUGCACGGGCCGGCGAAAAGCCUGCAGCUGGCGAAGAUGAGCUACGAGAACAAGCUCACCCGGGAUGCAGUGAACACGGUCAAAGCCGACUUGCGGACGCUGGUCUCCAAGCUGGAGCAGCGACCUUCGGGGCCAUCGGGGCCAUCAGCGCUGAUCCGCGAGCCCUUGUGA